UGAGAGGUCGAACUGUGGCUUCCUGGGAGCGUGCAGUCGUAUGAGCCAUUGGACUUUACAGCUCUCAGGUUGUUGAUGCAUUGUUUUACCAGCAACUAGGUUAAGUAAUUAGAGUCUUUCAGAGAAAGGAAGUCUUGCUUUAAGUGUUUGUAAGCUUUUAGUUUUUUCAGAUAAUCUAUUCUUAAUUUUUCUCUUUAACUUGCUAUUUAGUUCUCAUUUAUGUGCUGGCCUACGUUUUGUUAUUUUUGUAUUACAAUGAGCCGAAGAGCGUAGGCUGCUUAGUUCAAAAUGGGAGCCCUGCAAAGGGUUAACCAGCAGAGAAUUACAAAUGAACUAUCAGGAAAGUUGAUUAUUAAUCCAGCAAGAGAGAAAAUAUCCUUCCAGUUAGCAAGAAUUAGUACCUGAAGAGCUGAUAAUAUUGUUCGGGCUGUUGGUGUGGAAUGGCAAAACCAGAAGAAUGUCUUCCAAGCAGGCUACCUCUCCAUUUGCAUGUGCAGCUGAUGGAGAGGAAACAAUGACCCAGGACUUAGCAUCACGAGACAAGGAAGAGGGCAACAGUGAUCAGCACGCGGCCUCUCAUCUGCCUCUACACAAUGUAAUGCACAACAAACCUCACUCCGAGGAGCUGCCCACCCUGGUCACCACCAUCCAGCAGGAUCCCGAGUGGGAUGGAGUAAUCUCAACCCAACACAGAAUGGAGUCAGAGAGUAAUAAGUUAUGUUCCCUAUAUUCCUUCCGAAAUACCUCUACCUCACCAAACAAGCCCGACGAAGGAGGUCGUGACCGCAGCGAGCUAAUGACCAGUGUUAAUUUUGGAACGCCGGAGCGCCGCAAGGGAAGCCUGGCAGAUGUGGUGGACACACUGAAGCAGAAGAAACUAGAAGAAAUGACCAGGACUGAGCAAGAAGAUUCAUCCUGUAUGGAAAAGCUACUUUCUAAAGACUGGAAGGAGAAGAUGGAAAAAUUAAACACAAGUGAUCUCCUUGGAGAAAUUAAAGGUACACCAGAAAGCCUGGCAGAAAAAGAGCGACAGCUCUCUACCAUGAUCACCCAGCUGAUCAGCUUACGGGAGCAGCUCCUGGCUGCCCAUGAUGAGCAGAAAAAGCUGGCAGCUUCACAAAUUGAAAAACAACGGCAGCAAAUGGACCUUGCUCGCCAGCAGCAAGAACAGAUUGCAAGACAACAGCAGCAACUUCUGCAACAGCAGCACAAAAUCAAUCUACUGCAGCAGCAAAUUCAGCAGGUUCAGGGUCACAUGCCUCCGCUCAUGAUCCCAAUUUUUCCACACGACCAGCGGACACUGGCAGCAGCUGCUGCAGCCCAGCAGGGAUUCCUCUUCCCCCCAGGAAUAACAUACAAGCCAGGUGAUAACUACCCUGUGCAGUUCAUUCCAUCAACAAUGGCAGCUGCUGCUGCUUCUGGACUCAGCCCUUUACAGCUCCAGCAACUGUAUGCAGCUCAGCUGGCAAGCAUGCAAGUUUCUCCUGGAGCCAAAAUGCCAUCUACUCCACAGCCACCAAAUACGACAGGGGCACUUUCACCCACUGGGAUGAAAAAUGAGAAGAGAGGGACCAGCCCGGUAACUCAAGUUAAGGAUGAAGCAGCUCAGCCACUGAAUCUGUCAGCCCGACCCAAAACAGCUGAACCUGUCAAAUCCCCAACAUCACCAACACAGAAUCUCUUCCCAGCCAGCAAAAGCAGCCCAGUGACAGUGACGAACAAGAGUGGCAUCCCCAGCCCGCUCAGUGGAUCCCUGGGAAGAGGAUCCUCUUUAGAUAUCCUUUCCAGUCUUAAUUCACCUGCCCUAUUUGGGGACCAGGACACAGUAAUGAAAGCCAUUCAGGAGGCUCGAAAAAUGAGAGAGCAAAUCCAAAGGGAACAGCAGCAGCAACAGCAGCCUCAUGGUGUCGAUGGAAAAUUGCCCUCCAUGAAUAACAUGGGUCUAAACAACUGCAGGAAUGAAAAGGAAAGAACAAGGUUUGACAAUUUAGGCCCGCAGUUAACAGGGAAACCCAAUGAAGAUGGAAAAAUUGGCCCCGGUGUCAUCGAUCUUACAAGGCCAGAAGAUGCAGAAGGGAGUAAAGCAGUGAAUGGCUCUGCCGCUAAACUACAGCAGUAUUAUUGUUGGCCAACAGGAGGGGCCACGGUGGCUGAAGCCCGGGUCUACCGGGACUCGCGGGGCCGCGCCAGCAGCGAGCCCCACAUCAAGCGGCCGAUGAACGCCUUCAUGGUCUGGGCCAAGGAUGAGCGCCGGAAAAUCCUCCAGGCCUUCCCCGACAUGCACAACUCCAACAUCAGCAAAAUCCUCGGAUCUCGCUGGAAGUCCAUGUCAAAUCAAGAGAAACAACCUUAUUACGAGGAGCAGGCACGACUAAGUAAAAUCCACCUAGAAAAGUACCCUAAUUACAAAUACAAGCCUCGACCAAAACGUACCUGCAUUGUGGAUGGGAAGAAACUGCGUAUUGGUGAAUACAAGCAGCUGAUGAGGUCUCGAAGACAGGAGAUGAGGCAGUUUUUUACCGUAGGACAGCAGCCCCAGAUUCCAAUCACCACGGGAACAGGAGUUGUCUACCCUGGUGCUAUUACCAUGGCCACCACCACGCCGUCCCCUCAGAUGACAUCAGAUUGCUCCAGCACCUCUGCCAGCCCUGAGCCCAGCAUCCCUGUCAUCCAGAGCACUUACGGCAUGAAGACGGACAGCGGGAGCCUCCCUGGGAACGAGAUGAUGAACGGAGAGGAUGAAAUAGAAAUGUACGAGGACUAUGAGGAUGAUCCCAAAUCAGACUAUAGCAGUGAAAACGAAGCCCAUGAGGCAGUCAGUGCCAACUGAGGAGUGUUCGCAGAAUUAAAGUACUCAGACUCAUUUGGGUUUUUUUGGGGUUUUUUUGAACAAAAGUUCUUAAAGAGCCUGCAUGCAUGUGUGGCUCCUACAGUUACAUCAGCAGAAUGGUCUUAAAUGUUUCUUAUCGUGUGAGACAGAUUGUUUCCCUAAUUUUUCAUGAACUUGGGUUUUGUUUUCUUUUUUUUGUUGUUUUUGUUUUGUUUUUUUAAUUUAGAUGAAGACAUAAAUAUCAGACAUCAGGACUUGAAAACUUAUAUGAAUCAAUAGCUGUCUUACAAGUCUUACCUUUUGUCUUUUUCCGUUUGGAUGCUGAUAAAGGUUUAAGUUACUGUUUUAGAUGGGGGUUUUACAUUCUCACUCAGGUAUGCUGUGCCAGCCUACAGGUUGUGAAUGUGUUUUUAUUCUGGAUUAUUUUAGAAAACAAAAACUGCAGAUUUCAUAUUGUGAAACAGAACAAGUCCGCAAGUGUGCACACCUGUGCAUCAUAGCUUGUCUUUAAAAAAUAGUCUCUGAAUUCCAUUUUUUUUCCAUAUGUAUAGUUGACCUUCUGAUGUGCCAAACUUUUCAUAACUUUUGAAUCUUAACAUUUAAACAAAAAAGUCUUAAAGGAGACACUGUAAAGUCUUAGACAAUCCUUUGGCAUCUUAAAAAAAAAAAAAUUAUAUAUAAAACCUAAUUUUUUUUUCCAGAAUAUGGUAAAGUACUCAGGAAUCUGGAGACAGGAUAUUCUUAAUUAGUGAACAUGGUUGCCAUAGUGCAUGUGCCCAAUUGCUUUUGCCUCUUGAUGUGCCAUUAGUGUGAAAUUUUAAGUAAGCACAAAAGAGCGAUCACCAGCUACGGACGGGCCUGUCUUAGCAGUGUGAGGCCACCUCUGAUUACAUUCUCUACCCCUUUGCUUUUAACCCUUGCAUUCAGUCUUAACACAUUUUCUCUUAAAUAAUUUAUUCAUUCCAGAAUGUCAAGGGUCCAAAUACUUAAUAUUUAUUUUUAAAAGUACAGUUGGUGGCAUUACACUUACAAUUCCUUAUUGAUAUUUUAAAGAGCCUCUUCUUUCCCCUUCCCUAAAUCACACAGGUAUAUGAAAAUAAAAGUGCACCUGCUACUAAAAUGAACAUGACCUUUAUGAGUGAGAAAUUCACUUGUUCCUCUAACACUGUAUGUUCAAGGAGCACUUGGAAACACUCUGCUAUAUGUAUUGCAAAAUAAAGUGAGUACUUUUAUAUGUACAUAGAGUACAAAUACCCCUAAAAAUGUGUUUAUAAUUAUAAACCUCUACAUUCAGACAGCAAGAGCAGAUGCAAAAUCCAAACUGCUUUUACAGUCCACCAUGCUGAAUUUUUAGGACCUGAGGAAUCUGUGGCAAAUCGUGGCUCUGUACAUCAUGUUCGUACUGCCACCUGAAGGAACUGUGCUACCUUAAGUAUUUAUGCAGUGAUUUGUUUGUGAGACUCUAAGUGGGGGAGGGAAGGCCACUCAAAUAUCUAAUUGCAAAGGUGGGAAAAUGGGUCGUCAAAAAUAUUUAAUGUAUAUUAGUCAUGUGGGAAUGUGACUCACCAAGCGCUUUGGGAUCUUUGUAUGUAAGGUGCUAAAGAAACUAAAAUUUCUGUUUGUUUUACUUCUAGAAAAAAUGCAAUUACUGGAGGUAAUUCUGGGAAAUAUGCAAGAGAGGUAUUCCAAGAUUGUGAAACUAUUGGAUGUCAAAGACAGAGGAGAAACUGCCUUUACUUUUUCCCCUCAUACUCCACUCCUGUUCACAAAUAGAUCACAGUAUACAUAUAUAUAUAUAUAUAUAUAUAUAUAUAUAUAUAUAUAUAUAUAUAUAUAUAUAUAGUUCCAAUAGGCCUGGUGAAUAACUGUGCUGAAGCUCCUCAACUCCCUCAGCUUUUAUUUGGAAUUGGCUGUGCUCAGCACACUGGUGAUAAAUUCAGGCUCAGGCUGAGAAGUACCAAUGGGUCUAGAGCAGCUCCUCUGGAAAUCUGGGAGCAUCUUCUCACGGAGCUGCACAGGCUUUGCUUGGGACAGCAGAAGUGUUAUCCUGGCUGUCCUCGUACAUCCUGCCCUGCAGACUCGCCUGUGAGCUGCAGUGGCAGGAUGCUUGGAGGAGCAGCUGCCCUCCUCACAGCCCCACUGGUACCUGCUCUGCCAGAAAAAGCCAUUUUUGCCACUGUAGGAAUCACGUUUCUAUGUGAGAGAACGACCCCCUGAGACAAAGAAGAUUGUUCAGUUUACAGGACAAUUUAUAAAGAUAAUGGCAUAGAAACACAAUGGUCAAAUUUCUCUGACCAUUUUGUAAUUUGGAACAAAAAAAAAAAAAAAAAAGAAAAAAGUUAUAUUUUUAAUAUUUAUUUAACUGUGUUCUGAGUCCAUGUCUAAUAAGCAAUAAACUGGUCUAGCCAAGUCUUUAAAGGCAUAUGCUGUGUCAUUAGCUGGUGAGCGUCCUCUUUAAGCUGGCUAAGGUACUGAUAGAAAGUGGUUUUUUGUUCUUAAAAUAGCUUGGGAAUUUGAACUGGUUUUAAUACAUUCAGCUCAGAUUGGGGGGAGGACAUAAUUAUUUCCAAAAAAAAAAAAAAGAAAAAAGAAAAAAAAAGACUAUUUAUUAAUGUCUUACAUAAUUCUCCAGUUAGAAGUAUCUCUCCCUCCCCCCACAUCACUUUCUUUCACUCUUGCUCUUUUUUUCCUGGUUUUGUUGCAUAGGUAGAAUGCUGUAUUGCUAGCAUUGUAUUUUAUGUAAUUUUUUUUUUUGCACAAAGGCAAACAUUUAGAUUAGUUGGUUAAUUUUUUUUUUCUUUUUUAAAUUUUAUGACCAUGCCAAAAUAAUAUUCUGCAGGCUUGUGGAGAACAAAGGACUGUUCUUUAGGACUGAAACUUGAUUUUGCUUGUAGUACAAAAAAAACACACACUCACAGAUGUUGUUUCGUAAGUGUUAUAAGCACUGGAUAUAAAUGGUAUUUUUUAUCACUUCUGACUAAUGUGAAACUGUUGUACGAAAACUACAUGAACAAAAGUCAUCUGUUUCGACUCGUGUGGGCCUGCCUCACAGUUGCCGGAUUUGAGUCAUUUUUAUGUCUUGUUAUUUCAUUUAUUUAUGCAAAAUACAUGUAUGUAUGAACACUUUGUUUUAGCUCCAGCCCUGCCUCAGUGCUGAUGCUCUGUAUGUUAAAGCCACAUUCUUGAAAAUGACUGGCUGUUCAGGAAUCACCAGCUGGUAGAAAUUGCAUUUACUGGCUGGGGGAGUGGGAGGAACAUAUUUGAAUCUGAAUUGUGCCUAUGAGCGUGUUAUUCUAUUUAUUAGCCGACAUUGGCUCUAAAAUGUCAGUAGAAAUCAAGGAAGGACAAUCAUAAGGAUGAAACCCAACAUUUUUACUUUAUUAAUCGGAGCUCAAAACAAAGUUUUUGAUGAAUUUACCAUCUCAUUUUAGAUUUUUUUAAAAUUGUGUAAAUAUAACAUAGGAAAUAGAAUUUUAUUUUUUGUUCAUGGAUACUUAGUGAAGUAUAAGUUAUGUAUUUACUUUUGUUCUAUAUCAGUGUAUGUUGGUCCAUAUUAAAUGCUGACAAGUCACUGUACCUCAUGUAGAUGCUGAAUUUACACCCGCAGUGUGAGCGCAGUAUUGUGGACCUGUAGCUGGGACAGCAAGACGCCUCACUUGUGCUCUCUCUGAUUUUUAAUAGCAUGUUCCACAAACAGGGAAUACUUUCUUCUUUUUUAGAAAGUUGAUACAUGAAACAUGCCAAAUUUUGGCUACAUUUGAUGGGAAACACAGUCUUCUGAAUCCAAGUAAAACCAAUGAGAAAUUUUACUUUACAAGCAUGGCAUUUGGAAGUCAAAAGCAUAUCCCUGAAAGAUUAAAAUGGCCCUUGCAACAUAGGCAAGACUCAUUCAUAUCAAACCUUUAUGUUGUAUGUUCAUUUAAUCAUGUUAUUGUCAUAUUAGGCUAUAAUACCAGAGAAAUUGUUCACACCAUACACGAAGAGGAUUCAUGGAAUUGCUUCUUGAGCUUUGUGUUUGAGACCCCUUAGAAACUGUCUGGAAAAAUAACUCCAUUCAGGAGCACUAAGAUAGUAAUGCUAUUUUCUCUGUGAACAGUUUAUUUAAUUAACAGAUACAAUAUAUUUUCUUUUGGAAAAUUAUUAAAUACUUAUAUUCAAGAGAAGAAGACUCCCCAAACAGUCUGAUACCAACCAGAAUAGUUCACUUCUUACUUUAUAAAAAUGGAAGAUAAAGGUCCCAAUGGAAACCAUACGGCUUUCCAGGGUUUACAUGCAGAAACAAGUCUGGAGAACUGGCCAGAUUCUGGUCUGCCUGUAUGUUUGGGCAUCACCAUUGAGCUUGUGAAAGCAUCUGCUGAGCAUUCCCAGGAUCCUGAUGUGCUCCUAAAUCAGUGUACUCAGGUGCAGUGAGAGGCAGGGGGAGGGAAAAGACGGGAUGGCUCUGGGAUGGAGAUGCAAACCCAACAGCAGCAUUAGUCCCAAUAAAUACACUACCCUGUGCAAAGUGUUCAGCAGCCAGCUGUGGGCAGCUUCUGCUUUGGAUAAACACAACACAACCACAUCCCAGUGCCAUCUAAUCUCCGGGCUGGCUUUCUGGAUUUUCUUUUUCAGCCACAUCAAAGGCAUGGCAUUUCAAAAUCAUCUCCCGGCAAAACCUUCUACAAGAUGUAGACCCCAUCCUCCCCCAGAAAAACACUUUCCUACCUUCUUAAUAUGAAGCAUGUCAGUGCUUCCACGGUGGUCACCAGGACCAGUGCUGGUGUUAAGUGGGGUGAACUUUGCUGAGCCAGGGCCACAGUAAGAACAACUGCACUGGAGAUGCAGCCAGCAGGAUGUAUGAUAGAGUUCUUCAUGUUUUUAUGAGAAGUUAAUGAGUGGGCUUAGACCCCUUUGGUGUUUUGCAUGCUUUUUUAAGAUUCAAGUUGGCACUUAAGCAUGUUCUUUUAAAAAAUAAUACUACAUGACCUCAUUUGAUCCUUUACAAAACACUUUUUCCUUUUAAAAAACUUCUUAACUUUUUUUUUUUUUUUGGUACAACUCGUUAAAAUCUGUGAUUUUACUCAGAUCAAGCUACAUUUUUGAUAUGUAGCAAUGCCCUGCCACAGAAGGAAAAGACAAUGUAUAUGCAAAACCAUUUCAUUUUAAUCCCAUGCCCUUUUUUAACUAUCAGAAUUGUUGGAAAUGGUGACAAAGAAGUAUUCUAAGAUUUCACAUGCUGGGUAAAAAGGGGUAGGGUGGGGUGAACUGGGCUAAAGGAAAACUUAUCAAAUUGGUAUUUAUGGCAAUAUGAAAGCUAUAAAGCAACUUAGUGACAUGGCUUGCUUUGUAAUUUCCGCUUUCUAAAAACCACAAGUGAGGUCCUUGGUGCUCUUGGAGUAUGGGGAAUGUGCAAAUAUUUAACUGUUUGUAUGCUGCACAUUGCAGACCUGCUAGUGUGCAUUCUCCGUUUGUCUUCCUUUGUCAUUUGUGUUUUGCUUUCCAGAAAGCAAUGUUGUUUUUUUUUUCUUGUACCCUUCUUCAGCUUGUAGCAAACUAGAAUGCUUAGCAUUUAUGUUCAUUCAUUAUUGUAUUUCCCAUGUAAAAUUUUUUUUAUUACAUUAAGACAAGCUUAUAAGCUGUUACUACAUAACUUAUCUUACUGUAACUCUUAUUUCCUGACAUUGUAAUUUGUUUGUGAUGUAUAUUGUGAGAUUGUACUCUAUGUUAAUUUAAUCAGCACAAUUCACUGACAUGCUGGACUGACAUGCUAGCUGCUGUUUCAAAUUGUAAAGUUUGUGUAGAGCUGUUGGGACAACUGAGACUCUCUUGUCAAGGUACUAUGCUUUGAUUCCUAUAGCAACACCCUGGGUGCAGCUCUUACUGGCGAGGGCUGCUUGUUUAACAGCCACUGGCUACUUAAUGGGCAGGUUUUCUUUGUAGAAAUUCUAUAUACAGUGCAGGUACCUACCUGGGCCCAUGGCCGGUAAUUAUUUGGGCGUUUAGAGGAAAAUCUAGUGUCUAUUGCUGCUUUGAAUAUGUUUUAAAGUCUGAAAAUGUAAAUAGUUUAUCAAAAAAAAAAAAUCUUGUACAGUCCAGUGUAAAGUUUUUAAAUGAACUUAAAGGUUGCCAUCACAUCUCACACUCUCCUCUUGAUACAGUAAAAAGAAAAAAAAAAGAAAGAAAAAAGUUUGCUAAGGAUAUUGAUUUAAGAAAAAAAUCUGUUCUCAGAUUAAAAAAGAGAAUAGUUAUUCUUAGCUCUGCUUCAUUGCAUAAACAGACUUCUUGGAUUUUGUUGUGCAGUAUUGACGUGAGGUAAAUUAAAUAUUAAAUAAUCUUUCAGUGGUACUUUUAAGAGUCUUCUCCUCCUCUGCCUCAGUUAUCAAGGGAAAAGACAAAAUUGAAAGACACUGUCCAUAUACAGUAUGUUCUGGUGUACGUUGGCACCUUACCUACAUGUUUCGGGUGGGAGGGAUUUUUUAAAAGAGUUUUUUUCUUUUUUUUUUUUUUUUUUUUUUUUUUGCACAAGGUGCUUUCCUGAUAUGUUAAACAUGUCAUCCUUGGGUGAUACAGUAUAUGCCAUGAUAGGGGUUUAGACCCCUCAGGGGAGUGUCUAUAAGACUGCCUAUUUAUGCUCAUUUACCUCAAGACUGUCCUCUCUACCCUUAAUCUAUUCACCAUCACUCCAUCUUUUGUACUGCUGUUGACACUUACAAAUUAAAGAUAAAUUUUGUUUUAUGA